ACGCCCUGUAAUGUCUCACUGCUCCGAGUUUUUGCAAAGUGGUAAUUGCACCGCUGUUGCCGUUGAUUGUGGAGCUACAGCAGAAGGGGGCUGUAUGGCUGCGUCUAGUGCGGACGGCACUCCAGUAGAUAUCCGCUUAGUGUAGGUAUUGGGAGGAGUAUGGUCGGGGGGAGGGUGCAAUUUCUAUAUGAUGGAUAUAUGAUGCCCCUAUGAGGAUCGUGAAUCACAAUUCUCAUAGGGAAAUCAUACAGUUGAUGAUAGUGUUGUAGUUGAUUGAGUGAAUCGUUUCCGAGUUGUUCUUUCUUGGUACUCUUUCUAAUGAUGAGCACAUCUGAUAAGUUCCUACAGCGUGGUCAUUGUACAGCUACUGCUGUAGACGGCAUGGGCACCGCUGAUGGUGCGUGUAUUGCGGCUACAAGUGCCGAUGGAACUCCUAUAGACUUCCGCUUAGUGUAUGCAAAUAAGAAUGCAGAGAAAGGGGUCGAAUGACUGUCUCUGCUGCUAGGUACAUUCCCCCGCGAACUUAUGGUCCUAACGGCAAGCGGGCCGUGUACAAGCAAUUCCAAGCUUAUCCACGUAUCGUGGAUGCUGAGCGUGCACCGAGCUACGCUCCGACCGGACCUGAACAAAAACUAAGUGUACCUAUCGGGUAUGUUGAUAUGCCGGAGGGCACUACCUAUGGAUACUGGGAAGCUGCUUAUGGGCUUAUGAACGAGGCUGGUCUGUGCAUGGGCGAGAGUAGUUGUAGUGGUCGCUUAGCUACUGUCCCAGUUGAUGAGAAUCCUCAUGGUGCCUUGUUCUGGGUCGGCGAGCUAGCGAGUAUUGCCCUUGAGCUUUGCUCCACUGCUCGAGGUGCGAUUGAGACCAUGGGUCGGCUUGCUGAGGAGCAUGGCUUUUAUGGCACCACUGAGGUCGAAGAAGCAGGGGAGGCCUUGACGGUCGCUGAUGGUGAUGAGGCCUGGGUCUUCCAUAUCCUGUCUGAUGACACUGGCAGUGGAGCGGUUUGGGCAGCUCAGAAGGUCCCUAAGGGCCAUGCCACAAUCGUUCCUAAUGUUUUCAUUAUCCGUGAUAUUGAUCCUGAUGACAGGGAUAACUUCAUGUUUUCGAAGAACAUCUUCGAUGUAGCCAAGAGAUUAGGAUGGUGGGAUGGCGCUGGUUUAUUGGAUUUCACCAGAACAUAUAGCGUCGGCGAGUAUAAUCAUCCCUAUUAUGCUGGUCGCCGUUUAUGGAGGGCGUUCUCUCUGUGGGCACCUUCGCAGAACUUCGACCCGAAACUUGGUGUUGAACUUGAACGACCAACAUACCCUUUCUCGGUGAAGCCCGACGAGCCGAUCACGCUAGAGAAGAUGAAGAGCUUGUAUCGAGAUCAUAUGGAGGGUACUCAGUACGACCUGACUAACCACGUGACGGCUGGAGGGGCGUUCAGGACGCCCAACAGGUAUGCUGAAGCAGAGGCUGAGGACUCGAUGGAAUAUGGUGCUUGGGAGAGAGCGAUUUCCCUUUUCCGCACCCAAUACGCGUACAUUGCCGUGGCUCGUAAGGGCCAGCCUGGAGUCCUCCAUUUUGCUGUUGGUGCUCCACACGGUAGUGUAUUUGUGCCCAUCGUGGUGAAGCCGAACCCUACUGUGAGGUCCAUUCCUGCAUUGGAGAAUGCUUGGCAGGGCGAGUUCAACGAGAAGUCCCUGUGGUGGGCCGUUUUGAGUGUCUCUAAUACGAUGGAUUUGAAGUGGUGCUACAUGGUCAAGGAUGUUCGAGAGGCACAGAAGGAGGUAGAGGAUGAAAUAGAUGCUAUGAUGAAGACCAAGUCCUUGGAUGAGAUCGAAAAGCAGACCCCGGAGUUGUGCGAUGAUUUGACUCGUCGUUGGUUCAAAUUGCACUACACCCUUCUGGGGAAGUAUCAGAACGGCUACGCCGACUGGGGUUACUCUAAGCUGGGCUAUGGCCCCACUACUGAGUGGCUCAAGACUGUUGGUUUUGACAAGUUCGAUGCAACAAAGAAGCAGUUCGAUGAUCAGAAGGAGCGCUUUAUGAAAAGUCAAAGCGAAGCUGAUGUCAUUCGGCGUAGAAACGCAUAAGUUCGUUCCUGUUCGAAGGUGGUUUCCGCGCUACUUUUUCAAGUUUUCCAAUCUCUUUGGUCGCCCAGUUUUUACGUUUCCACACAGAUCGCUACUUUUCUCUCCGAUCU